AUGUACCUGAUCACUGUGUUUGGAAACCUGCUCAUCAUCCUGGCCGUCAGCUCAGACUCUCACCUCCACACACCUAUGUACUUCUUCCUCUGCAACCUGUCCUUGGUGGACAUCUGUUUUACCUCCACCACUGUCCCAAAGAUGCUGGUGAGCAUCCUGACACAGAACAAAGUUAUAACUUAUCGAGGCUGCAUCACACAGAUAUAUUUUUUCCUACUCUUUGCAGGUUUGGAUGUCUGUCUCUUAACUGUGAUGGCCUAUGACCGCUUUGUGGCCAUCUGUCACCCCUUGCACUACACAGUCAUUAUGAACCCCUGGCUCUGUGGAUUGCUGGUUCUGGUAUCCUGGAGCAUGUUUGUCUCUUUAUUUUACUGUACGGGCCUAGGAGUGUACCUCAGCUCUGCUGCUACCCACAACUCACAGUCAAGAGUGGUAGCCUCAGUGAUGUACACAGUGGUCACACCUAUGUUGAACCCUUUCAUCUACAGUCUCAGGAAUAAAGACAUAAAAGGGGGUCUAAAAAGAGUUUUUGGGGUGGAGGCUAUAAAUAGACCUAUUAUCCUGGGAUUAAACAAGUGUCUAUGA